AUGUGUUCCAGGAAGUGGGGAGGAGGAGUCCUCUCUCCCUCUCUCUUUUCCUUACCUCCUCACUUAUUUUCCCCUUCCUCAUCUACUGGAUUUGGGGUUUUAAUUGUGGGGAGUUGUAAGGUGACUGCCUGCAAUCUCAGUGAUGUUCUCUAUCUCCAAGGUGGUCACGACGUCUGUGGUGGUGGUGGCUGA